GGGCUUGUAAUGCUCAGCACAUCAAAAGGUGCUCCAUGCCCAUCUCGCACGAACAUGGCUUCUCGCGUCUUCACUUCACGCGCAGUCCUUCCUUUUGAACUAUGACGGACGUUUACACUGGGUUCUGGAUAGACUGGGAGAAAGGUCGAUCCAAAGGCGCCACUUUGACUUUGCCACAAGCACAAGGCUUCAUUCUAGUAUCAUUCCUUACACUGUUCGUUCAGUUCUCCGGAGCUUGCCUCUGGCGCGUGGUUUGCUUCAUACUACAUCAAGCCCGCUCGACGACGGCCCCGCGCGAUGGCCUCUUCCAGCAGCAACAAAUCAUCCUCCGAAAUGCGAUCACAGCCCCAAAUGCGCUGUGGAACUUAAGCCGUUCUACCUUAGCAUGGCGAGGCCAUGUCGAAUCACCUUUCCGCCAAGCUAUGGCUCUCAUUUUGAUCACCGUUAUACACAUGUCCUUCUUUGGUGUGGCUGGUCUAUUCUCUUCGCAGAUUGCAUCCACAGGUGCAGGUUCGGCGCUCGUCAGAUCUGAAGUCUGUGGUUAUCCUAAAGAGAUCUCCCACAUCCGCGCAGUGGAGGCGUACAAUCUCGAAGGCGAUCAGCUAACUACCUUCAAUUCGGAAGUCUUGCUCGGACGCUUGACGCUGACGAAGAGCGCUACAUACGCCCGAUCGUGCUACACCAACCCUCUCGAUAGCGGCGCGACAGAUUGUAACAUCUAUAUCAAUACCUAUCUCGAAGGGGUCGAUGUAUCGGCCGUCGAAAACGCAACGUGCCCGUUUGGGGGAAAUUCGUGUGGCACUUCCAAAGGCGUCAGAUACGACUCUGGUCAUAUCUCGAGUAGCAAGCAUCUUGGUAUCAAUUUUCCGCAAUCGGAAGAUGUCUCGAUCAGGAGAGUCACAAGUUGUGCGCCGAUUGACAGCGAACAAUACGCUACUGAUUGGAAACCCAAUCGCAUUGAAGCAUUCGGUGGAAGGACCAAUACCAGCGUGCGCUUUUGGGAGUUCGGACAAGGGCCUCAGGGAUGUCGGGCAACAAUUCCAAACAAUCAGACUGCAGAUACAACUUUCUGUGUUAGUCAAUAUCAGAAGGACUAUUGGCAGGAGCCAUACACUGUUCUAGCUGUCACUGCCUACGUCGACAAUACAACCGCUAGCGACUUCAAGCCAAUCUCGGACUUUCAGCGAGACGACGCUGACGUAACUCUGAUUUCCAUUUUCAGUAAAGCCAAGUACACGGACGUGGUUGAUGACCCCCUUUUCAAUGCUCACAACAACUCAUUUACUAAGGGAAGCAAUGGCAAAAACUUCUCCACCCCCACCACCGACCUCUCAGUCCUGGGCUGCACAGAACAGUAUCAGUUUUGCAACACCGUAAACACGAAGUGCACCAAGUUAACCGGGCUGUACGCUGCCUUGAAGACUGUCGAGAACGGCGACUUGCAACUCUCCCCACAACAAGCUGCCAUCUUCCGCGUCAUAUGGAAGGCGGCAUGGUCGAUGGUUCUCCAAUGGGCCACAACUAUCCUGGAUAACUCGCUGCUGCUCGCGCAAGACUUCGUCUUUACGAUGAAGUCGACCACUUCAUCUCCACUACCGCCCAACCAGUGGAUACAGGAAGCGCAUAACCUGCACAACCUAUCACUCGCGGUUCUGCAGCGUCGUGUCAACGAAUUCUCGUCACCGGAGAAUUUCGAUAUACGUCCUGGGCUGAAUUCUUUAAAACAGAUCAAUGUAACGACGGAUCCGCACGAGCUCAACAUUUGUCAGCUCCAGAAGAUUCGCUCUACUGCACAUGUGAGCGUCAGUGUGCUCGGCAUGUGCGUGAUCCUGGGUGUAGGAUCGAUCUUGAUUUUGCUCGACUGGACGCUUAUACAGCAGAUAUUCUGGUUCCGUUCUGUUACCCACUAUAGGCAAGCGAAGAAGGCAGAUUGGCAGGCAACAGGAAUGUUGCAGCUACAUCGACAAGCCCUGGAGGCGAGAGCAGUGGGUCCCUGGAAAGUGAGUGAUUACUUAUUUCCGGUCCUUGUGGAGCAGGGGAAGAAGUUCCUCGGGCUGAGCGUGAAGCACGAUUACCCCGAGUAUAGCAGUGUGCAACGCGAGGGUUCGGAGUAUAGCUUGAGGGCAAUGGACAAAGGUGGUCAGUAUUCGGCCAUAUCGGCUGAAAUACCCAUUGAAGCGUUGGGCGACCAAAAGGGAAGAGCGCAUUAAAGUCGUGAAUGAAACGA